GAGCCGUCUCUCCAGCCCGUUUCCAGCUCUUAUACAGUGGCUGACAGCUGCCUGUAACUCGUGUUCCAGGGGAUCUGAUGUUCAGUUUUGAUCUCCACCGAGACCAGGUACACUUGUGGCAAAUGGACAUUCAUAUGGACAAAACAAUCAUACAGUAAAAAGAUAGAAGAUUUGACAGAGGAAAAGAGCAAUUAAGAGCAAUUAAGCCUCUACCAUAGGAGCCUUUGAGUGGGGAUAGGUCCCAUUCCAAACCAUGACACACAGUGGGGUAUACUUAAGAAGUACUCUAGAAUGGGUCUGGAGAGAUGGCUCAGCGGAUAAGAGUGUCCUUGCUGUUCUUCCAGAGGACCUGAGUUUGGUUCCCAAAACCAAGUCCAGAGACUCAGAGCUUCCUGUAACUCCAGCUCUAAAGGAUUCAAUACGCUCUUCCAACGUCUUGAGAACACUCACAUCUACAAGCCAUACACGCAUACAGAAAUGCACACACAACUCAAAAAACAAAUAGAAACAAUUCUGCGUGUUUCAAGAGGGGUGGGGCAGAGGGAAGUGGAGGGGGGAACAUCUUGAUCAGACUGGCUAUGGCUGGUUGAUACUUGUUGGGUUUACAUCCUGGAUAAGUAGGUGUUUCUCCAGGUUGUAUAUUUUGCCACAUCCACAAUGAAAUAUUUAGCAAAUAAUAUGCAAAUAUGGGUUAUAAAAAUAUAUUUAGAAUUAACCUCACUGUUCUGGAGGUGGGGUUCAGGUAUGUGACCCCAAGCCCUUUGCCCUUGGUGGUUUGUUUUCUCCAGUGCAGGAGAGAAGUUUAAAGACAAGACAGGAUGCAGAAGAAAGGGUUAGGUCGCUCCCUCAGGUCCUUUGUGCGUCAAGAGUCAGGUAUACUUUCCCAAGGGCUCCUGGGCUUUUGGAUGCAUGGUGUGAAGCCACUUUAGCGCUCCCAGACUGGCUUCUGCCAAAUGGUUUGUGUCUGUGACAACCUCCACAGGUGGUCUUAGCCUAAACCUGGACAGGAUGUCCUUUCCCUCCUGGGGAUUGCUUUCCUGGCAACAAUGGCUCCCAGAAGGGAAAAACAGGAUCUGGCUUGAGCUGUGUAAUGCAUAAAUAAAUAUGUAAACAAAGGUCUUAGUGAAUUAAGUGGGAUUGCUUUCCCUGACCUCAGUGAAGAUAUUCUUUUUUUGGUUUUUCAGGACAGUGUCUCUUUGGGUAGUCCUGAUUGUCCUGGAACUCUCUCUGUAGGUCAGGUUGGCCUCGAACUCAGAGAUCCUCCUGCCUCUGCCUCCCAAGUGCUGGGAUCCAAAGCGUGCGCCACCACUGACCGGCUUCAGUGAGGGCAUUUUAUCAAAGCUGUAUCAAUUACUUUUCUGCCAUGCUGUGACAAAAUACCGGGUGAAAGGAACCGAAGGAAAGGAGGAAGGGUUUGUUGGACCUGCUAGAAGUCAACAGUCAACCUUUUGAGAGUGACAGGACAAUAUUGUCUAUGAAGUUCAAGUUGGAGAACCACAAAACUGAGUUAGAACCCCCCCCCCCGCCCCUCACCAAGGGGUGAAGCAAAAUUUAAGGAGUCACCACACACUGUGUGAGCCCUUAUUCUCCCCACCCACACAUUCAGAAUGUUUCAGCUUCUUCCAUUACUGACUUCUCACAGAUAGAUACACUUUUAUAUCCUCAAUGUAGCAGCCCCAAGGAUUCUGUUACUGUCUCAUCUCUCGGUCUCUCCCGCUCACCAGCCCUCCUCUCCCCUCUGGUCUGUGUUGCUCUGACUUCACUAUUCCCUUGCUCAGUCUCCUUGCUUGGCAGGUUAGGUUAGGUUAGGUUAGGUUAGGUUAGUUUGCUUGCUUGUUUGUUUGUUUGUUUGUUUUUAUAACUUAACAUAAGCUAGGGUCAUGUCAGAAGAGGGAACCUCAGCUGAGAAAAUGCCUCCAUCAGAUUGGCCUGUAGGCAAGUACAUGAGGGCAUUUUCUUGAUUAAGGAUUGAUAUGUGAGGGCCUGGCCAGCAGAUAAUGCUGUCCCUAGGCAGGCAGUCCUGGAUGGCAUAAGAAAGCACACUGAGCAAACCAUGGAGAAGAAAAGCCUGCGAACCUUCCCCCUCCACGGCCUCAGCUUCAGUUCCUUCCUCUAGGUGCCUGCCUGCCUUCACUUCCCUUGGAAGCAGACUAAACUAUAAGAUGAAAUAAACCCUUUCUUCCCUACGUUGCUUUUGGUCAUGGCCUUUAUCCCAGCACUCAGAAGCAAGCUUGUCUUCACAAUUACCUCUUUGUGGCUUGCCACUUGCUCUAGAGCUCAGCCUUCCCCGAUCGCUCUCUGCCUGUGGCACCAUUGGCUUAUUAUAGACCCUUGUCUCCCAAGACUCUUGGACAGCCUUUUGGGUGGGAGUACCCUGAACCCCUUGUUGACUGUGCACUUGCCUACCCCACGUAUCCGACACCUUGGUGCUUUGGUUUCUGUCGCUCUUCUGUUUUACUUUCUCCAUGUUCCAUUCCCCUAGAACAAACCAAAGUGGUGCAUGGGUAGGGAUUUUUGUCUUGUUUCAUUUAUGGCUGCGUGCACACUAACUACCUAGGUUAAAGCGCUAGCACACAUGGGGUGCGCCAACGAUCCAGUGCCUGGGAGAACCACCUUUGACCUCAUGUGGACAGCUGGUGCCCAAGGCCCCUCCUGUUCAUCCGAAAGCUUCGUUUCUGGAAAACCAACAGAGCCCCGAGCCAGCAAGGUCUCUGGCUGGUCUUCAACUGGCUAUGUAGUAGAGGGUGACCUUGAACUCCAGAUCUUUCUGCCCCGCUCCUACCUGCAGAGUGCUGGGAUUCUGGAUACACGUGACCAUGGGGGAAGAAACCGAUGAGGCAGUUGAACAUCUGAAGAAGGAAAACAUCUGUUGGCAUGGAAAAGUGAUUCUUUUCCCAAGCUACUGAGUAAAACACCACAGACCUGGCUGUUCCAACUCUGGUUUCUUGUCAGAUUUUGUUCCUCCAGGAAACCUUACAGAAACCUCUACCAUCUGGAACUCAGAAACUCAUCUCAGGGCUGACUGUGGCUUCUAGAACAUGCAGGUGUUCUGCAGAUGUGAGACUGUAUCCCGCAGUCACCAGAUGAAAUCCUAAGCAGAUGCAAGGCUUGCUUUGUGGCCUUAGCUCCCCUGAGUGCAAAGGGCCACUUCUCUGCUAAGUGGCCAAGAGUGGAUAUUGACAUUGAUGUCUGAAUGCUGCACCCAGCCAGUCAUCUUAUUAAGCUGCGAUGAGAAGACAUCUUGAGGGGACCAACCCAACUUAGGGGUGACACAUUCCUGACUUUCUUGGAUUAGGAUUCCACAUGGGGACCUUGUGUCUGUAGCCCUGUAGCCAUUACUAACUCCAGUGUAUUCUUGACAACUGGACUCCUUGGAGACUUCCUGCACUGAAAGUGAACAAAGAGAAAACUCUAAAAUUCCAGAGAUUCACAGUGGUGCUCGGUUAUCAUUUAUCCAAGACAACGGGAGUCUUCGUGUCUUACAAUGGGCUGGCUCUUUCUAAAGGUUUUGUUGGUUGGCAUGGCUUUUUCUGGAUUUUUCUACCCUCUCGUGGAUUUCUCUAUCAGUGGGAAAACAAGAGCCCCCCAACCAAACAUCGUGAUCAUUUUGGCUGAUGACAUGGGAUGGGGUGAUCUGGGAGCAAACUGGGCAGAAACAAAGGACACCACCAAUCUUGACAAGAUGGCUUCCGAAGGAAUGAGGUUUGUAGACUUCCACGCAGCUGCUUCUACCUGCUCCCCAUCCCGAGCCUCCCUGCUCACUGGCCGGCUGGGUCUACGGAACGGAGUCACGCACAACUUCGCAGUCACCUCUGUAGGGGGGCUUCCAGUCAACGAGACCACCUUGGCAGAGGUGCUGCGACAGGAGGGUUACGUCACUGCCAUGAUAGGCAAGUGGCAUCUUGGGCAUCAUGGCUCUUAUCAUCCCAAUUUCCGUGGCUUCGAUUACUACUUUGGAAUCCCAUAUAGCAAUGACAUGGGUUGCACUGAUGCUCCAGGCUACAACUACCCUCCUUGUCCAGCGUGUCCACAGAGAGAUGGCCUAUGGAGGAACCCUGGGAGGGACUGUUACACAGAUGUUGCCCUUCCUCUCUAUGAAAACCUGAACAUCGUGGAGCAGCCUGUGAACCUGAGCGGCCUUGCACAGAAGUACGCAGAAAGGGCAGUGGAGUUCAUUGAGCAGGCAAGCACCAGUGGAAGACCCUUCCUGCUCUACGUGGGCCUGGCUCACAUGCAUGUGCCUUUGUCUGUAACUCCACCAUUGGCACACCCACAGCGCCAAAGCCUGUACCGUGCAAGUCUCCGGGAGAUGGACAGUCUGGUAGGGCAGAUCAAGGACAAAGUUGACCAUGUGGCAAGAGAAAACACACUCCUCUGGUUUACAGGAGACAAUGGCCCAUGGGCUCAGAAGUGUGAGCUGGCAGGCAGCGUGGGUCCCUUCUUCGGGUUGUGGCAAACCCAUCAAGGGGGAAGUCCAACCAAGCAGACCACCUGGGAAGGUGGGCAUCGGGUUCCAGCACUGGCUUACUGGCCUGGCAGAGUUCCAGCCAACGUCACUAGCACCGCCUUGUUAAGCUUGCUAGACAUCUUCCCCACCGUGAUAGCUCUGGCAGGAGCCAGCUUGCCCCCAAACCGGAAAUUUGAUGGACGGGAUGUCUCUGAGGUGCUCUUUGGCAAGUCACAGAUGGGGCACAGGGUGCUAUUCCACCCCAACAGUGGGGCUGCUGGAGAGUAUGGCGCCCUGCAGACUGUCCGCCUAAACCAUUACAAAGCUUUCUACAUCACUGGUGGAGCCAAAGCUUGUGAUGGGAGCGUGGGUCCUGAGCAGCACCACGUGGCCCCUCUCAUUUUCAACCUAGAAGAUGCUGCUGAUGAAGGGAUGCCUCUACAGAAGGGGAGCCCCGAGUACCAGGAGGUGCUGCAGCAGGUCACCAGGGCUCUCGCAGAUGUCCUCCAAGACAUCGCUGAUGACAACAGCUCCCGAGCAGACUACACUCAGGAUCCUUCAGUGAUUCCUUGCUGUAACCCCUAUCAAACUACCUGCCGUUGCCAACCGGUCUGAGGGCUCAUUGUUCCCCCCAUGAGAAACACUACCUGAAAACUGUAGACAGGUGGGUUUACUUCCAAACUUGGGUGUGGUCAUGGAUGUCUGCUUUAGAAAGGAAGCUGCAGCAUUUGGUUAGAAAGCAACGGCGUUACCUCUGUGUGUGUGGACUGUCUCCUCUGCAUGCAGACUUGAGAAGCCCUGAGUGCUGGUACAGUGGACACGGCAUGGUUAAGCACUAGCGAGUAAUGGGGUCAGGUCUGAGCCCUGGGUUUAAAGCUCAGGCAAUGCCUUAAACCUCAAUUGCAAGUUGAAGGUUAAAGUAACCCACGAAACUGUGUGUAACCCACGAACUGACACCAGGCAGAUUCUCGAUCGGUAUUUUAGUUUCUAUCUCGUGUCCCCAGUUUCAGGGGCCAUUUUGGCACAGACUCGUCUGGUUUGCUGGUGGGUAGGGGUCCGGGAGCCUACACUGUUGCCUUUGAGAUGACUUGAGCAAGCUAAACCAAAGUGAGGUUUUCCCAGGCCUUGGACCCUUCUCUCCUGUAAAUGUCAAGUGGAUGUAUUAUAAAGAUGUAAGCAUUCAGGGCUGAAGUGGUGGCCCGUUGGUUAAGAGCUUGGCCCACUUGCUCAGUUCCCAGCACCUACAUGGUAGCAUAAACUGUCUGCAACUCUAGCUCUAGGGGAACCUUGUCCUCUUCUCUGGCCUCUGAGAAUGCCAGACACACACGUGGUGUAUAUACAUGUAGGUAAAACACUCAUAUAUUAAAACAUACUCUUUUCAAAAAAAUUGGGAUUUCUUCCCAGCCCCUAAAACUUCUAAGAAACAAAAUAAAAAUGUAAACAACUCACAAA